UUGUGACGUCAUUCAAUCGUUGUUGCAGUUGCGAAUGUUCAAUUGUCUGUUGUGUUUUGUAAUAUAGAUUACCUUUCAGGUGCAUUAAAAGUUAUCAAAAAGAAGUUAUUCAUAUCACUUUUGGGGGCAUUAUUUACAUAAGCCUAUUAAUAUUCUUGGAAGACUUGGUAUUUGCUUUCGAAAAUCAAGAAAAUAAAUUUAUUGCCAAAUUGACCGACCGGUUUUGUUAAGAACUGUUAAAAAAUAUUUAUCCACAAUGUCUGGGAAUAAGGACGUCAGCGAUGGUGCUGGCCAAACAGCUGAAGAAGCAGCUUCAGAAACUCAGAUGAAAGAAGCAGAAAAGAGUGAGGAAGCAAAAUUAAGGGCCAAAUACCCCCAAGUUCUUCGGCCAGGUGGUUCUGUUUUCUUACAGAAACGAUUGCAGAAGGGUCAAAAAUACUUUGAUUCUGGUGAUUAUAAUAUGGCUAAAGCCAAGGGUCAAAAAGUACGACCUGCUUUGCCAGUUGUGACCCAGCUACCUACUGGUGAUGCUAUACCGACACCUGAAGAUUUGCCAACUCGUAAGACUUCAAUAGUUCAAAGCAAAUUAGCUACGGAACUAUCAUAAACUGACUAAAUGUGGCUAACUUCGUUUCACACUUCUUUCUGAAGUUUUGGAACUUUCUCGAAAUUGUAAUAUCAGAGUUUGCUUUGAAAUUUUCGAAUUCACCAAUGUCAUUUAAGAAUCAUAACUAUCUAAUGAUGCUUUGAAGAUCUGCUUGAAGAAAAACUGUUACGAGAAAGUUAAAUAAAAAUACCAUGUAAAAUUGAUCCUGAAAUUUAUACGCACUGGAAGUGAAAUUAAGGUGUAAAAGCUGAGUGUUGAUUAGUUUCAUUUUUCUGGAACACUUUUAUUUUAUUAAAAUUUAGUUAUAUACAAA